GGGCCACCGGGACAGGAUGCUGCUGCUGCUGCUGCUGCUGGGGCUGGGGCUGGGGCUGGCCUGGGGGACCCAUCCCGGAGACAGGGGCCUGACGGUGAGAGCCGUCUGUGGGCCUGACUCCUGCUACACCGCUCACCUGGAGCGCAGGGCGUUCAGCGCCGCGUGGCGAGCGUGCCGGGAGCGAGGAGGCAACCUGGCCAGCAUCCGGAAGAGCCGGGAGGCCAGGCUGGUGGAGGAGCUGCUGGAGGGGCUCCCUGGGGACUGGGCGCAGGGGCCCCUGAAGUUCUGGCUGGGACUGCAGCGCCAACCGCGGCAAUGUGCCCCCCACAAGCCCCUGCGCGGUUUCACCUGGAUGACGGGGGACCAGGACACCUCCUACAGCAACUGGCUCCGGGAGGAGGUGCCAGGAUCGUGCCCGGCCAGUCGCUGCGUGGUGGUCAGCUAUGCCGCGGAGUCCAGCCACACCAACCACAAGUGGCUGGACGGUUCCUGCCGCCUGGCGGUGGACGGUUACCUGUGCCGAUUCUCCUCCCCCAGGGGCAUGUGCCCGGGCCUGGACGGGCACGAGCCCGUCUACAGCACGCCGUUCGGCGUCACCGCCCCGGCACUCCGGCACGUCCCCUUCGGCUCCGUGGCCACCCUGAGGUGCCCCGGGGGUGACACCCAGUCCCUGCUGUGCAUGGCGCGGGUGGAGGGGGCUCUGCCAGGGGUGGGUAGGGGGGUGGGCUGGUCCAGGGAGCCCCCCUUCUGCCAGGAGGAGGGGGUGCCGGGCUGGUGCGCCGGGGGGGCGAACGGUGGUUGCCAACACACCUGCGUGGACGAGGGUGCCUUCUACCACUGCCAGUGCCGGGACGGUUACCAGCUGGGGGAGGACGGGCGCUCCUGCGGCCCCCUGGAGCCCUGCCCGGGCGGGUUGGCCGAGGACGGGCAGUGCCUGGACGCGGGAGAGUGCCGGGGGGCUGGGUGCCGAGGGACGGGCGUCUGCGAUGACCCCCGGGGCUGCCCGUGCCAUGAGGGUUACCGGCUGGAGGGGGGCGAGUGCGUGGACGUGGACGAGUGCCAGAACAGGCCCUGCUCCCAGCUCUGCGCCAAUGCUGAGGGGUCCUACCUGUGCUACUGCCGGGUGGGCUUCACCCUGUCGGAGGGCGACGGCACCAGCUGCCUGGACGUGGACGAGUGCCAGUACCAGGGGGCGUGCCAGCAGGUCUGCAUCAACUACCCGGGGCGUUACCAGUGCCACUGUGAGGAGGGCUACACCCUAGAGCCCGAUGGUUACACCUGCCGCCCCCUCCGUCCGCACCUCCCACCCCCGCGUAGGGACUGGGGCACUCCCACCACCACCACCGCCCCCUGGAAACGACGCCCAGGCACCGCCACCGCCAGCAGGGGGCUACGUCCCGUAACACCGCCACCACCACCCCCACGCCAGGAAGGGGAGGAGCCCCUACCGAGAGCCAGGGUGCCCCCGCAGGUCCCUCCGCAUCCCCCCACCACCCCUCGCCCCACCCGGACCCCCCACCGCCUCCUGGAGAUGCAGGGGGCGUGGCUGAGCACCCACGCCCCAGACGGGACCCCCCAUCGCCCCCCAGAGACCCACGUCCCGGCUCCGAACCCCAGUUACCCCCCGGAGACGCGGGGGGCACUGGUCAAUGCCCCCAACCCAACUGGGACCCUCCAUCGCCCCCUGGAGACAGAGGGGUCACAGGUCAACAAGACCAGCCCCAAUGGGACCCUCCAUCGCUCCCUGGAGACAGAGGGGUCAUGGGUCAACAAGACCAGCCCCAAUGGGACCCUCCAUCGCCCCCUGGAGACAGAGGGGUCAUGGGUCAACAAGACCAGCCCCAAUGUGGCCCUCCGUCGCCCCCUGGAGACAGAGGGGUCACGGGUCAACAAGACCAGCCCCAAUGUGACCCUCCGUCGCCCCCUGGAGACAGAGGGGUCACGGGUCAACAAGACCAGCACCAAUGGGACCCUCCAUUGUUCCCUGGACUCAGAGGGGUCAUGGGUCAACAAGACCAGCCCGACCGGGAGCCCUAGUUACCCCACAGAGACACAGGGGGCAUUGGUGAACACCCCUGCCCACACCAAUACCCCACCUGCAUCAUCGGGUGGGGAGGUGACGGUGGACAAUGCUUCUGGGGGAGCAGGGGCCCACCGUGACUUUCGGCAGCACCGGGAUGACCGCUGGCUCCUGGUCAGCCUCCUGGUGCCCAUCUGCGUCUUCCUGGUGGUGAUGUUAGCACUGGGCAUCGUCUACUGUACCCGCUGCACCUGCGGAAAGAGCCGGAACAUCACCGACUGCUACCGCUGGACUAACCACAACAACGCCAAGGGGCCCCGGCCGGAUCCUGACAUCAACGCCACGCGGUUGGAGCGUGCUUCCUCACGACAGCCCGGAAACCUCUGGAGAACUGAUGUCACCCAUCUCUGAGUCAAGAGGCCGCUGGGAGGUGGGACAGACAUAGUCGAUUCUGCCUCACACCGGGAAGAGGUGAUGGUGCUCCCAGAAGACUGAAGCUACCGUUCUCUUCUUCAGCCAACACUGCUUCCUUCUCUCGGGAUUUCUCUGUUUUUAAUUGAUUGUUUAUGGACCUGGUGAACUGACGGCUAUUGGGCCUGGAACUUGCCUGAAUUGUUUGGGGCGUUACGAUGCCCAGUGGCCAAUCCGCGCUGUGUAACCCACGCGACCACUCACUCCCAGUCCCCUCCGAUCAGCACCCACCUCACCCACCCUCAACAUCUCCCCCCUUCGGCCUCCCUCUGACCGUCUCACCCACCGAUAUGGUGGGGUCUCAGUCCGCCAUCUCAGGUCCAGGGUCAACAUGGUUGAGGGGGAGGGCGGUGGUGGGGAUGGGAGUAGGUUUGGGAAUGGAAGUGAGAAUGAUGUGGGAUUGGGCGCAGGAUUGGGAAUGGGGUGGGCGUGGGUGUAGGAUUAGGAAUGGGUACAGGGUUGGGAAUGGGUGAGAAUGAGUAUAGGAUUGAGAAUGGACUGGGAAUAGAAUUGGAAUUUGAAUUGGGAAUGGGUGUAGGGUUGGGAAUGGAAUUGGGAAUGGGAUUGCGAAAAGGGUGGGAAGAGGUAAUAGGAUUGGGAAUGGCGUGGGAAUAUGUGAAGGAUUGGGAAUGAAACUAAGAUGGCAAGGUGGUGGAGAUGUCACUGGACACGGAAUCCGGAAACCAUUCAAUACGGAUCUGGGACUAUCAGCUUGGUGGGGGCCAUGGAUCCCAUCUCUGACCCGAUUUCCUUCAGGGAAGGAACUUUGCCGUCCUUACCCGGUCUGCCCUACACGUGACUCCAGUCCCACGUGUAGCAGACUCUUUUUAUGCCCUUGGGGUAAUUAGGGAUGGACCAUACAUGCUCGCAUCUCUCUGACGGGGAACAGGUUCGGAGUAGCCCACUUGACUCUGAUCCAGAGGCUGACAGAUACAGCUGAGGGCUGACCCCUCACACAGUCACGUUGGAGAUCCCAAAGCCAACCCACUUUACUAUCCCAUAAUCCAUCUCUUCAAACCCCUGGGGAACCUCCAGACUCCCUUCUGACUGGCUUCAUCAUCCCUGAACACUGAGUCAUCACCCGGCACUGAGGGAGUGGGCACACUAUCGGAGGGUCAGUGCUGAGGGAGUGGGCACACUAUCGGAGGGUCAGUGCUGAGGGAGCGGGCACUGUCAGAGGGUCAGUGCUGAAGGAAUGGACACUGUCAGAGGAUGAGUGCUGAUGGGGUGGACACUGUCGGAGGGUCAGUGCUGUGGGAGUGGGCACUGUUAGAGGGUCAGUGCUGAGGGAACGGGCACUGUCAGAGAGUCAGUGUUGACGGGGUGGACACUGUCGGAGGGUCAGUGCAGUGGGGGUGGGCACUGUCAGAAGGUCAGUGCUGAGGAAACGGGGCACUGUUGGAGGGUCAGUGCUAAGGGAUCGGGCACUGUCGGAGGGUCAGCGCUGAGGGAGGGAGCACUAUCGGAGUGGCAGUGCUGAUGGGGUGGGCACUGUCGGAGGGUCAGUGCGGAGGGGGUGGGCACUGUCGGAGGGUCAGUGCUGAGGGAGUGGGCACUGUCGGAGGGUCAGUGCUGAGGAAGUGGGCACUGUCGGAGGGUCAGUGCUGAGGGAGUGGGCACUGUUGGAGGGUCAGUGCUGAGGGAGUGCUGCACUGUCGGAAAGUCAGUGCUGAGGGAGUGGGCACUGUUGGAGAGUCAGUGCUGAGGGAGCGGGCACUGUCGGAGGGUCAGUGCUGAGGGAGUGGGCACUGUCGGAGGGUCAGUGCUGAGGGAGGGGAGACAGUCCCUUUUCCUGAUGUGAUCAGGUUCCUACAGCCCCUGUGAGCCCCCUGUCAGUCAGUGCUCGGUCUGCAGUUCGGCGGGCGGUGGGUAGAAUGUGGGGUUGAGCUGAGUAUAACCAGACGUUAUUGAGUGUGUGAAUGAGACCCUCCUGUUGGGGUCUCUCCCUGAUAUACCCCAGCCCCCCGGGCCCUGUCCUGAAUGUAGUGAACCGUGCUGAUGAUAUGGUGCCUGACACUAAUGCACAUUGAAGACAAUUUCAAAUAAAUAAACUAUUUUUCUUUCA